UUCUACAGGCUCUAAAUUCUCUUUUUUUUUUUUGUUUCUUUUAUGUCACCCGAAGGUUGAGGCUCAAACAGCUCUGUGUCUGAUUUUUUUAAGGAAAGGCCUCAAUCUUUUCAAAUGAAUUGUAAGAUUCUCAUGCUUUACUUCUUCCUGGAGCUUGCAUUUGCAGACAAGAACAUUCAAUCUGGAUUCUUGUUCAAUGGUUACUUCAAAUUGAAUGGAAGUGCAGAGUUAAAUCAUCCCAACAUGUCCUCUGCAGUAAUAUCUCAAGAUGCUGGGCGAAGCCAAGCAUUCCAAGUCUUCUAUAACAACUCUUUCAAAUUCAAAAACUCAACAACUGGUUCUGUCUUCUCCUUCUCCACCACCUUCGUCUUUGCAAUAGUAUCCACGGACCCUGAAUUCCGCGGCCAUGGACUUGCCUUCGUUAUCUCGCCAUCAAAGGGUAUUCUUGAUGCCUCACCAAAUCUAUAUCUUGGUCUUUACAAUGGAACUAGCAAUGGAAACAGCUCAAAUCUUGUUGCUGUGGAACUUGACACAGACCAAGAUUUUCAGUUCAAUGACACAGACAAUAAUCAUCUGGGGAUUGAUAUUGAAGGGUUGAUGUCUAACCAAUCAAAUACUGCUGGGUACUAUACGGAUCGUCGUUUCCAAAAGCUAGAUCUUGUAAGUGGAAAACCAAUGCAAGUUUGGGUUGAAUAUGAGAGCUCGAAGCAACAACUCAAUGUCACAAUCCAUCCAAUAAACAUUCCUAAACCUAAACAUCCACUUUUAUCCUUGACAAGAGAUCUUUCUCCUUAUAUCUCUGAGUUCAUGUAUGUUGGCUUCUCAUCCUCUAGUGGGCCUAACGCUUCUCACUACAUAAUGGGUUGGAGUUUCAUGAUCAAUGGCCAACCUCAGGAGAUUAACGUCUCUAGCCUUCCUCAUAUACCUGGCGUUAGAAGAGAAGAUGAAGACGAUUCAGGCGACAGAUAUAGAAAACAGCAGAAGAUGUUGGCAUUUGUAUUGUCUCUGACAGGAGGUUUUUUCCUUCUGUUCUUGAUUUUUGGAGUACUUAUGAUGUUAAGGAGGAGAAGAUUCAUUCAGGUGCUUGAAGAUUGGGAGUUGCUAUAUGGACCUCAUAGGUUCUCUUACAAAGACCUAUUCGUUGCUACGAAAGGAUUCAGAAAUAAACAACUUCUCGGAAAGGGAGGCUUUGGCAGGGUGUACAGAGGAGUUCUACCAUUCUCAAAAGUCCAAAUUGCAGUGAAGAGAAUUUCUCAUGAUUCCAGCCAAGGAAUGAGAGAAUUCAUCGCCGAAAUUGCAACUAUUGGCCGUCUCAGGCAUCCAAACUUGGUUAGACUUCUGGGGUAUUGCAGGCGGAAGAAUGAGCUUUUCUUAGUUUAUGACUAUAUGCCUAAUGGAAGUCUUGACAAGUUCCUUUAUAGAUUACCCAAUUGCAUACUCAACUGGAAACAAAGAUUCAAAAUCAUCAAAGAUGUGGCAUCUGCACUUUUCUAUCUGCACCAACAAUGGGUACAAGUUGUAAUCCACAGAGACAUCAAGCCAGCAAAUGUCCUCAUCGACAAUGACAUGAACGGCAGGCUAGGAGAUUUUGGGCUUGCCAGGCUAUUUGAUCAUGGAAACGAUCCUCAAACCUCUAUUGUGGUUGGUACUCCAGGCUAUAUUGACCCAGAGAUUGUGCAUAGUGGAAAAUCAAACACAUCUACCGAUCUAUAUGCAUUUGGAGUCUUUAUGCUUGAGGUUACUUGUGGUAGAAGACCUGUGGACCCUCGAACUUCGCCGGAGAAAGUAUUGUUGAUCGAUUGGGUAACAAACUGUUGGGAUAGAGGAGCUAUUUUGGAAUCAAUUGAUUGUAGAUUAGUUAAUGAUUAUGUCUGUCAUGAAGCUGAAAUGGUGUUGAAGCUUGGCUUGCUAUGUUCACACCCUGUUGCUGCAGCUAGGCCAAGCAUGUCUAUUGUAGUACAAAUUUUAGAUGGAGCUGCUCAGUUGCCGGAAAAUAUAAUUGGUAUAAUCAAAACUAGAGAUUCCGGUGAUGCCGCCCGUCUAGGUGGUUUAGGCAGUAAAAUCCCUUCUGCGAUAACUUCUAUUGCUUCAUUGUCAUUUACAGAAUCAUUUGUUUCUGAUGGCCGUUAAUAUGUGAUGGAUUUUGAUAUGAUAUUUGUUUAUACAUAUUUGAAUUUUGCUACUAA